AUGAUUUUAAUAAAUGGAGCAAAUUUAGGCGAUUUUUUGAAUACAGAAUUGGAUUUCGUAUAUCAUCGAGCUCGUCAAUUAGCGAGUAAUUUGCCCAUGAUCGAUAAUCGUCUGCAAGGCUUUCGUAUAUCAACGCAUGAUCUUUCUAGUGCUCCAAUUGGACCAAAUUUAUUACCAACAUUAUUUGCUUAUGCAUGCGCUUAUCCCUCGGUAUUUUGGCGUGUUAAUAAGCCAUUUAGCUUAUUAUUCUCAUUUUAUUUACUAAUUCAUAUAGUAACCGUUAUUUGGUCAUAUCUUGGAUUUAGCGUUCUUUACCGAAUACAGGAAACGAAUUAUGCAAAUGCUCGACCCAUUGGCCUCGGCCAAUAUUUAUCUUCAUCAAAACCAUUAAAAAUUUUUCAUCCAUUAGCAUUAAUUGCUUUAUUUAUAAUUUCAAUAAUUCUACUGCAUAUUGCACCAAUCGCAUUUUAUACAUAUGGCUAUAAUAAAUUUUUUGUUAGCCUAAUGACUGUUCGUUAUAAAAAUGCUGUUCGUUCACAAAUGAGUAAUUCAAACGGUCCACAAAGUGACUAUUCUGAAUAUCGAAAGAAAAGCUCAUCGAAAGCACCUCUUAUAAAAUUAUGCUGCGAUGGGUAG